CGGCUGCCGGGCGGGUCAGCGGCGCGGGUGGGUUGCUCUGUGCUGAGGCGCUGUGAGGCGGAGGGCGGAGCAGCCGCCCCGCGGGGGCUAGGGAGGGGGGCCGGUCGCUCGCCCGCCUCAGCUUCGGCCCCGGGCCGGGCGAGACAAAGGCUCGGUAACGCGGUUGCCGGAGCGCCGCCGGUCGCCUGGUAACCGCCCGCUGCCUCUUUAUCCGGGGGCGUCUCCUGGCUGGGGGCGGGGUGUAGCUGAAGUCCCUGCGGGCGCUCGCUCGCCUGCUCGCUCGGCGGCUCGCCGUGUCCUGCAGCUACUUCUCGUCUCUGCUCCCGUUCCUAUGCGGGCUGCGGCAGCGGCGCUCCCAGCAGCGUGGCGCCUGGCGGGCGGCCCCGCCGGGCAACGGGUCGCUUCCCAGCGAGCGUACCCCGGCCCCUCCGGGGCUGCCCGGCAGCGCCAUGAGUUCGGAGCCGCCCCGCGCCUCGCUGCUCCGCACCCUGUUUAAGAUGGAGCCGGCAGCAGACGCCUCCGAAGUGCUGGGGGGAGCCUCGGAGUUCGUGAAAGAUCGGUUGUACUUUGCUACUUUACGAAAUAAACCGAAAAGUACCGUAAAUACCCACUACUUCUGUACCGAUGAGGAACUGGUCUAUGAAAAUUUCUAUGGAGAUUUUGGACCUUUAAAUUUGGCAAUGUUAUACAGAUACUGCUGUAAGCUAAAUAAGAAAUUAAAGUACUUCAGCCUAUCAAGAAAGAAAAUAGUGUACUAUACGAGCUUUGACCAGCGGAAGCGAGCAAAUGCGGCAUUUUUAAUAGGUGCAUAUGCUGUGAUAUACUUGAAGAAAACACCAGAAGAAGUUUACAGGACGCUUCUAUCUGGAUCUAAUCCACCAUAUCUACCAUUUAGGGAUGCUUCCUUUGGGAACUGCACGUACAAUCUCACCAUCUUGGACUGUUUACAGGGAAUAAAUAAGGCCUUGCAGCAUGGAUUUUUUGACUUUAAGACAUUUGAUGUGGAUGAAUAUGAACACUAUGAGCGAGUGGAAAAUGGUGACUUCAAUUGGAUUGUUCCAGGAAAGUUUUUGGCAUUUAGUGGACCACACCCAAAAAGUAAACUUGAAAAUGGUUAUCCUCUUCAUGCACCUGAAGCCUACUUUCCCUAUUUCAAGAAACAUAACGUCACAUCAAUCAUAAGACUGAACAAAAAAAUCUAUGAGGCAAAACGCUUUACUGAUGCUGGCUUUGAGCAUUACGACCUGUUCUUCGUGGAUGGAAGCACACCAAGCGACAGCAUAGUUCAGAGGUUCCUGAACAUCUGUGAGAACGCUGAUGGGGCCGUUGCUGUACACUGCAAAGCUGGCCUGGGGAGAACAGGAACACUGAUUGCCUGUUACAUAAUGAAACACUACAAGUUCACACAUGCUGAAGCCAUUGCUUGGAUAAGAAUAUGUCGACCAGGCUCUAUUAUAGGACCCCAGCAACACUUCUUGGAAGAGAAGCAAGCAAUGCUAUGGCUCGAGGGAGAUCCCAUCCGAUCAAAGCAGAAACGAGUAGCUGAUGGAAACAUUAACAGAGUUCUCUGUGGCUUGAAUGACAUCUCAAUCAGUGACAGCUUGAAUAAAGUACAAGACUUGGAUCAAUACAGGGAGAAUGAUUUUGAAGACAAAGCAGGUGUGGAAACCCAGAAUGGCAUGACACAGGGAGAUAAGCUUAAUGCCUUAAAAGGUCGGAGACGGCCAUGUUCUGCUACAACUGGAGCUCUGAGGCUGCAAGACAUGAAACUGCACACCAGGUCAAUAUCACAACCAUUCAGACUGAAUACUUCAGGUAGCACAGAAGGAUCCACAUCUCCUCUGAAGGCCUCCAAAGCGAUGGCAGUUAAUUCACCAUCUGCAGAAAGAAUAAGCAGAAUUGCCACAUCCUCAGGCUCUAACCUCAAAAGCAUUUCCAUAAACUCCAGACUAGCCAGUUCUCUAGGGAACCUGUAUGCUGCUUCAGAUGAUGAUGAGAGCAAAAUGACAUCAUCGUCCUCUAGGACAGGUUUUUCUGUAAGCCAUACCUCCAGCCACUUGAAUGGCAGCUUGCAGCUGCCUCACAGAAAUAACCAUGAACUGAACAACAACCUGUACAACAGAAACAGCAGUAGUGGCAACAACCUGAGCAGCCAAAGCAGUUUUCACAGCGCCGUGACAGAUGAGUACGCUCAACCUUCCUUUACGGGCCUUACAACUCCUCCAGCACGAUACCAGAGUCAAUCAACUCCUUCCCUUCAGUCUGAGUAUGUUCGGUACAAAAGCCCUGCUGCUUUGGUGAAACCUGUAGCGCUCUUAAAGUUGAAGUCCUUCAUGAAGGAGAAUGAAUUUAACAAAGGAAGACGCUCACUCAGAGGAAGAAACUUCAACACAAGACAUAUUAAAACCUUAGCACCAAGAGGAGACUUCUUAACAGGCAGAAAUGUUUUGUUAAUGACUACUGCACAUGCACUGAUGUUGAAUUUAUGGAUGUUAUUACCCCAUGUUCUAUACAGAUUUAAACUUAAUUUUGAGACAGCUUGGAUAUAUUUCUAAUGAGUUUCAUUAAGACAUUUAUUAACUUGUGUACAGUGUUAAAAUAUGUAUUCAGAGAAUAUUUUGGUAAGCAAUAUAUUUUAAAAUGAUGUAAAAACUAGAAUCUAUUUUACUUUAGUUUCCACUUUGCUAUGGAAAUGGAUAUUUUUUACGUGUUUAUCAAAGAUACAGAUUUUUUUUUAUGAACAAGAUGUAUUUCUUGUUUUAUGGGUCCAUCAUGAUUUCUUAAAGCCUAAUGUAAUUACUUUUUCACUUCUCUGGUAACUUAAUGGAAGUCUAACUAGUGAGAGACUAGUUAUUGCGCUGUCAGCUGAAAGCACUUGAUGCACUGUCUGCUUUCCACUUUCAGCUGCUAAUGUUUCAUAAGGAAACACUGUGAAAGCAAGUUAAAGGGAAAAUAUUUGUUGAAAUGUAAUGUACCUUCCACUGCAAAGAGAAAGGAAUGUGAUGAUCCCAUUGUACAAUUAACGCUUUCCUUCGCUUUCCCUUAAAGGAAGGGUUUAAUGUUUUGUUUUCCAUGCAGAAUGUUGAAUUUUGCUGUUCAAGUUAUGCUGCAGAAAUGAAGGCAGACCAAACUUCAGUUGGUACGAAUGUGUAUGUACGAUGAACCUGGCAGUGCUGCACACUUACACGGAUGGCAGUACGUGCACAGUUCUAUCAGCAAGGCACACUAAGGAAGAUAUUGGAAGCAUGUUCCAUUUUCACUUAUCAGCUGGAUGCUACAUAAACCUUAUAAUUCGAAAACUAUGUUAAACAUCUUAGCUAUUGUAACCUCUUGUAUCACAGGAUAUUUUUAUCAGUAGUAAAGAUGCUCUUUAACUUUAAUCAGGUGUGAUUAGGAAUGAGGCUGGGAAUGAAAUGGUGUUCCAGUCAAGUACUAGAGAUCACGUCUACAAUUUUCACAACUCCCCAAGUGAGAAGGAAAAAAAAAAAGGAAAACAGUAAGUAGCUGUGAGGACUUGACUUGCCACUAAUUUAGAAGAGGAAACCAAAACAAAUUCAUUGCUUACGAGUUUCUCCGAUAGCUACGGAAGCUUGAAAAUAAAACUCGGCUGAAUCGCCAGUCUUCGUCCCUGACCUGUGCAUGCCCUGCAUUUGCUUUCCAGCUGAAGGUAAGGUAGAGUGCCACGUUGGUUUUAGAAAGAUCAGAUCUCAGAUUGCUCCGGGAAGUUGUACUGAAAGUGUUAAUAAGCAAUACUGAGAGCAGCUAUAUUAAUCACUGAUGAAAUUGACAUGCAAUGCUGUACUUUCUUCACAACUGUGUAUAUGUAACAUAUACACACACGAAGUAGCAUAUGUGUGUGCAUAUAUAUACAAUAUGCUGUAUAUGAAUUAUAGAUUAAUGGUAAGGUAAUUCUACCUCUUAUAAAGAAUUUUGUCAUGAACUUUGUUAUAAAUAGUUUUCCUUAAUGAAAUAUUGUUUAAUUUUGAAAUGUGUAGAGAGAGAUAUAUGCAGACAGCUAAUUGGUAAUAAAAUGCCUAUAUCAGCCA